CAGUGUCAAGAUGAUCAUGUUGUGGAUUACAUUGCUUGUUCUUCAUCGAGGACAUGCACUCAUUCCAGUGAUCCCAGUUCAACUUGGUGAAUCUACAACGUUCACAUGUGAUCUGUCUAGUACUGACAUCAGCCAAGUAGAAGUCCACUGGUACAAGCAGAGUGUUGGAGAUAAUCUGAAACUAAUUGUGAUUCUGCGGGAACAUACAACACCUCAGUUUGCACCAGAGUUUCCUAACUCAAGAUGGAAAGUUAAUAUUCAUGAUGAUUUUAUGAACCUGACUAUUUUGAGGACAAUCCAAGAGGACGAGGGAAUCUAUCACUGCGCAUUGUCUGCAUUGUAUGGCACGGUAUCUAAAUGGAGUGGGACAUAUUUGAUCGUAAAAGGACACAGUCACAAGACAUCAGACUACACUGUUGUUCAGCAGCCCACAGAAUCAGAUUCAGACCAUCCAGGAGAAGCAGAGACUCUCCAGUGUUCAGUCUUGUCUGACUCUGAGAACAAAACAUGUUCAGGAGAUCCGAGUGUGUUCUGGUUCAGAACUGGAUCAGAUAAAUCUCAUCCAGACAUCAUCUACGCUGAUGGAAACAGACAUGAUGGAUGUGAGAAGAGAUCUGACACUCAGAAGAGCUGUGUUUAUCACUUCUCUAAGACCUUCAGCUCCUCUGAUGCUGGG